GGGGUGGCCUGCACGGGGGCGGGCUCCCCGGGCCCCCAUUGGCUACAGGCACCCCCCACGCCAGGGCUCCCCCCAGCUCCCCUCCACAUCGGUCUGUCCUGCUUCCAGCUGCUGCAGCGCGCCUUCGCCGCCAAAGCAUCCAGAAGCCCCCUGCUCCGUCCGAGCAUGGCGACCCCGACCCAGACCCCCACAAAGGCUCCUGAGGAACCUGACCCAUUUUACUAUGACUACAACACGGUGCAGACGGUGGGCAUGACUCUGGCCACCAUCUUGUUCCUGCUGGGUAUCCUCAUCGUCAUCAGCAAGAAGGUGAAGUGCAGGAAGGCGGACUCCAGGUCUGAGAGCCCAACCUGCAAAUCCUGUAAGUCCGAGCUUCCUUCCUCAGCCCCUGGCGGCGGCGGCGUGUAACACCUGCCCGAGGAACCUCCGCUGCCGACCCUGCCUGAGUGCGGGAGCCUGAGGACCGGGUGGAGGCGGUGGGGACCCAGCCGCGCGCCGGGAGCGCUCCCCGGAAUGAGCCGCCCCACCCACCCCAAGGCCGGAGCCGCUGCACCCCGCUGUCCCUCCCCAGGCCUUGGCAAUGACGACCCCCCAAAGAGCCAGCCCAUCUGCACCCCAGACCCGGGGCCUCAGGCCUCCAGCUCCCGGGAUCCGGGAGUCCACCCCGCCCCAGCGCCCCCAGCAUCCCCGUGUAUGGCCCCCCUGCGCCUCCUUGUCUCCUCCCCGAAGAUCCGUCCCCCUGGCCCCUCGGUGUCCAUGUCUUGAGCUUAAUAAAUGUGCAUUUGGUUUUUUCCCCUG